CCGACCCGGAGAGCCGGCCGGCGAUGGAGGGGGAGGCGGCGGUGGCCGGAGCCGAGGGGCCCUUCUGCCUGCAGCAGGUUACCAUUACAGAAGACUCAGAAGAUGAUUAUCAGUAUGAAGAGGUUCCAGCAGAUGAUGAUUUUAGUCUCCUAGAAGGUGAUGAAGAUCUGAUAAAGGCUUUGCAGACAAUACAGGAGCAGGCUGAAGAUGCACAAAUUAUAGCUAGGCAAUCUGUUCUGACUUCUAAGCAUUCAGUGUCUGAAAUACCUGAAGUUGUGGAUGACUUUCUUUGCAAUUUUCUGGUCAGAAUGGGGAUGGUCAGAACCCUUGACUGCUUCCAAACUGAAUGGUAUGAACUGAUGCAGAAAGGUGCAAUUGAACGUAAAGAUAUUGGAUUUGUCCCAGAUAUGUACACCUACAAUCAGCAUUUGGAGAUGGAGAACAGAAGAUUAAAGAAGGAAUUGGAAAACUAUAAACUGGCUGCCAGCAAAGCUAAGGAGGCUCUGCAAAAAAUACAGAAAGAACGUGAUUUCCAUCGAAUGCACCAUAAGCGAGUGGUCCAGGAAAAAAACAGGCUCAUUAGUGAUAUUAAAAGGCUGAAGGCACAUUAUGCAUCAUAUGAGCCAAUGCUGAAGCAGUUGACUGAAAAAUACCAGACUAUAUUGAGACAGAAAAUGCUAACCAACCUGGAGAGAGACAGAGCAGUUGGUCAGGUUACAGGUUUACAAGCUACAUUACAAAAUUUAGAAUCUGGGCGUGCCAGUGAGAUCCCUGUGACUAGAGCAGGUCAUAGGUGUGAAAGGGAGGAUGGAAGACAGGGUCCUACGCAGAAAGCUGUUCAAGAAAACAGGGAACAAAAAUAUCUGUAUGCUGGUGUUGCUCCAUAUGAUCCCGCCAAAGAUCCAACAAAGCAGAUGGACAAGAGGUAUUCAAAGGAUUCAGAAUUUCCCAUAGAUACUCAAGUGAACCCUUAUCUUGCUCGUGCCAAGGAAUGCACCCGGCCAUUGAAAUCUGGAGUAUACAGGCUGAGCAGCACUUUAAAAGUCCAUGAUCUAGCAGUCAGCUGUUUGGCUUUGCAUCCUCGGAAAGACAUUGUGGUAACUGCAAGUGAUGACCGCCUCUGGAAGAUGUGGGCCUUUCCUAAUGGGAACAUCAUAAUGACAGGCGAAGGCCACACUGAUUGGCUUUCUGGCUGCUGCUUCCAUCCAAGUGGCACCAAACUGGUCACUUCAAGUGGAGAUACAACAGUACGGAUAUGGGACUUCACAAAGGGUGAAUGUAUUCUGACUUUAGAAGGACACAGCCGUGCAGUCUGGGACUGCUCAUGGCACUCCUGUGGAGAUUUUGUGGCUUCUGCUUCCAUGGACAACACCAGCAAAAUAUGGGACAUUAACAGUGAGAGAUGCAGAUACACCAUGCGUGGACAUAAGGAUUCGGUCAAUAGUAUAGAGUUUCUUCCAUUCUCCAACACCAUUCUCACCAGCUCUGCAGACAAGACCCUAUCUCUCUGGGAUGCCAGAACAGGCUUCUGUGCUCAGACUUUCUAUGGUCACCUGCAUUCCUGUAAUCAUGCUACAUUCAACAUGAAGGGUGACACCAUUGUUUCCUGUGACUCCUACGGUGUGAUGAAGUUCUGGGAUGUUCGGAGGGUAACACCAAUGGUAUCUAUAGAUGCGGGCCCCCAUCCUGGCAAUCAAGUGGUCUUUGACCCAUCCGGUCACGUCGUGGCCCUGGCAAGCAACGACGGCACGGUGAAGACCCUGGAACUCAACUCGGGGCAGCUGUCCAGCUUGGUGGGCCACGAGGACGAGGUGCAGAGCGUUGUCUUUGAUCACAAGGCAGAGCACCUGCUUUCGGGGGGCUCGGAUGGAACCGUUCGACUCUGGAGCUGAGUGAGCCCCGCUGGGGGUCCGGGUCAGGGCAGACUCAGCGCCUGGGGGGACCGAUUGGCCACCAGGCCAGCAGCCAUUCACCGGCGAAAUGUCUUCGCCCUUAUUGUGUGCAGGGAGCGGUCAUUGCGUGAAACGGUGAAAUGACUCGAACUCUGCCUUUGAUCCAAAUAAAGUCCCGCAUUUCUCUUUGUGCGGAAGCGUGUCUUUCUGAACCUCUCCUUUGGGUGCUGCUGGAGAAGUAGCUUUACAAUGACGCCUAAUGCCAGCCCCGACGAA